CGGCGGCGGCGCGGCGAAGGGGAGGGUCUAGGGCCGGGCGCACCGCACCGCGCCGGCCGGCCGGACGGGCGGCUGCCGCCGCGCCGCGGGCAUGGCGGAGCCUGGCGGCGCCGGGGCCGGGGCGGCGGGCGGCGGCGGGCCGCAGCAGGGCUCCCCGGCCGCCGGGGGGGUGGCCGCCGGGGGGCCGGCCCGCAGCGCCGCCGAGAGCCCCGGGGGGCCCGGCUCGGCGCGCAGCGCGGGGAAGAAGGCGCAGCUGCGCGGCGCGCCGCGGGCCAAGAAGCUGGAGAAGCUGGGCGUCUACUCCGCUUGCAAGGCUGAGGAAUCCUGUAAAUGCAAUGGCUGGAAGAACCCCAACCCGCCCCCCACGCCCCCCCGGGCAGAGCUGCAGCAGGCGGUGGUCAGCCUCGCAGAGCCCUGCCGCAGCUGCAGCCACGCGCUGGCUGCUCACGUUUCUCACCUGGAGAAUGUGUCUGAAGAAGAAAUGAAUAGGCUCCUGGGGAUCGUAUUGGAUGUGGAGUAUCUGUUCACCUGUGUCCACAAGGAAGAAGAUGCAGACACCAAGCAAGUUUAUUUCUACCUGUUCAAACUGUUGAGGAAGUGCAUUUUACAGAUGGGAAAACCUGUAGUAGAAGGAUCUUUGGAAAGUCCUCCAUUUGAGAAACCUAGCAUUGAACAGGGUGUGAAUAACUUUGUGCAGUACAAAUUUAGCCACUUACCGUCAAAGGAAAGGCAAACGAUAGUGGAACUGGCUAAAAUGUUUCUGAACCGCAUUAACUACUGGCACCUGGAGACACCUUCUCAGCGAAGACUAAGGUCACCCAAUGAUGAUAUUGCGGGUUAUAAAGUGAAUUAUACCAGGUGGCUUUGUUAUUGCAACGUCCCUCAGUUCUGUGACAGUCUACCUCGGUAUGAAACCACCCAGGUUUUCGGUAGGACAUUGCUUCGCUCCGUUUUUACUGUAAUGAGACGGCAACUGCUGGAGCAGGCCAGGCAAGAAAAAGACAAGCUUCCUCAAGAGAAACGAACACUAAUCCUCACCCAUUUCCCAAAGUUUCUGUCAAUGCUGGAAGAAGAAGUGUACAGCCAGAAUUCUCCCAUUUGGGAUCAAGAUUUCAUGGUGUCUAGUUCCCGAACUGGCCAGCUGGGAAUCCAGACAGUUAUCAGUCCUCCUCCCGUUGCGAGAUCUGUUUCAUACAGUGCAAGUCCUUCGUCUCUGGAGCAACCCAACAGUGGGAAUAUGAGUCCUGCUUGCAAAGUUUCUUCUACCCUUGACCCAAACCUAGGGGAAAAGAGAAAAAAUAAUGAACCCUAUUCUCUAGAGGAUUCCAAAAGACCAAGGGUUGUAGGAGAUAUUCCUAUUGAGUUAAUCAAUGAAGUAAUGUCAACAAUCACAGAUCCUGGAGCGAUGCUUGGGCCAGAGACCAACUUCCUCUCAGCGCACUCAGCCCGGGACGAGGCGGCGAGGCUGGAGGAGCGCAGGGGGGUGAUCGAAUUCCACGUGGUCGGCAACUCCUUGAACCAGAAACCCAACAAGAAGAUCAUGAUGUGGCUGGUUGGUUUGCAGAACGUGUUCUCCCAUCAGCUUCCUCGAAUGCCGAAGGAGUACAUCACGCGCUUGGUCUUUGAUCCGAAACACAAGACCCUUGCAUUAAUAAAAGAUGGUCGUGUUAUCGGUGGUAUCUGCUUCCGGAUGUUCCCCUCCCAGGGCUUUACGGAGAUUGUUUUCUGUGCUGUGACUUCCAAUGAGCAAGUCAAGGGUUAUGGGACUCACCUAAUGAACCAUCUGAAGGAGUACCACAUCAAACACAACAUUCUCAACUUUCUCACGUAUGCAGAUGAAUAUGCGAUCGGCUACUUCAAAAAACAAGGUUUCUCCAAAGACAUAAAAGUACCAAAAGCAAAAUAUGUUGGCUACAUCAAGGAUUAUGAGGGUGCUACAUUAAUGGGCUGUGAAUUAAAUCCAAGGAUCCCCUACACAGAAUUUUCUGUCAUCAUUAAAAAGCAAAAAGAGAUCAUUAAGAAGCUCAUAGAAAGGAAACAAGCUCAGAUACGAAAAGUUUAUCCUGGCCUUUCUUGCUUCAAAGAUGGAGUACGGCAGAUUCCUAUAGAAAGCAUUCCUGGAAUUAGAGAGACUGGCUGGAAACCAAGCGGAAAAGAAAGAGGUAAGGAGCCCAAGGAUCCAGAUCAACUUUACAGCACAUUAAAAACCAUCCUGCAGCAGGUGAAGAGCCAUCAAAGCGCUUGGCCCUUCAUGGAACCUGUGAAGAGAACAGAAGCUCCUGGAUAUUAUGAAGUUAUAAGGUUUCCCAUGGAUCUCAAAACAAUGAGUGAGCGACUCAAGAAUAGGUACUACGUGUCUAAGAAAUUAUUCAUGGCAGACUUGCAGCGAGUCUUUACAAAUUGCAGAGAGUACAACCCCCCCGAGAGUGAAUACUACAAAUGUGCCAAUAUACUGGAGAAAUUCUUCUACACAAAAAUUAAAGAAGCUGGAUUAAUUGACAAGUGACACUGUCUCUUUUACAACCAAUCAGUGUGCCUACUUUGUGGGCAGGGAAAGCCGUUGUAUAUCUGAGUUGUGGGACUUUAAGGUUUCAAGAAACUUCUGUUUAAUACGUAGCACUUUUAAAAAAAACCCUUUUAGUUUUGCAAACAUGUAUUAUACUGAACUUACAAAAAUUAUUUUAUUAAAAUGCUUUAUAAUGUAUUUAAUUAUGGAAAAUUUCUUUUGUGUGCCCAUUACAGUAUGUUCAUAGUAAGUUUAUCAGCUACAGCCUCAGAAACCCCACAAAACCUGUGGGAGAUUGCACAUGUUUGGGAAUAUGAAGAAAAUUCUCAGACAACAGAUGUUAUAGCUUACCUAAUGUAGUACCUAUUUGAUAAAGUUUUAUUAUUUUUUUUCCAGUAAAAAAGAAAACAGUAAGGGAAAACAACAGUUGGGGGGGGGGGGGUCUGAAACACUUGUUUCUUUGUAGAGUCUUUUUAUAAGAUAUUAUUUUUUAAAAGAAACACUCAGCUGGUUGAGAAGCUGUGAGAGAAGAGCAGCCAGUUCUGAAAAAGGACUGCCUGCAAUCUUUGAUAGAUGCAAGUUUUUCUAUUCAUUUUGGGGUUUGAUAAAUAUUUUACCUGCGAAUUGUAAUCUCAUAACCACUAUUAAAAAAAAAAUAAAUAAA